GAGAGAGAGAGACAGAAAGGGAGAGACUGGGGCGGUAGCUAGAGGAAGAGUCGCAGUAAAACAUCAGUAAGGCAGCCUUCUAUACACAACAUAUCCAGCAACACUGGAACAGAAGAGCAGACACAGAGCCAGAGGCCAAGCUAAUCCAUGAAAGAAGCUAUGCCAGUCCUCUCUGCCGGAGCAGGGUUGCAUGAGACGCUCGCCCUGCUGACCUCACAGCUGCGUCCAGAUGCCAAUCACAAAGAGGAUAUGGUCUUUCUCAAGGAUGUCUUUAGCGAGAGGAGUCUUGGCUAUCUUAUGAAGAUCCAUGAGAAGUUGCGACAGUAUGAAAGGCAGAGCCCCACCCCUGUUCUCCACAGCGCCUCCACUCUAGCAGAGGAUGUGGCAGAGGAGUUACAAAGUGGACCGAUGAGUGUUGAGGAAAAAGAGCUUCUGCAUCUGCUGACAUUACCUCAUCUUAAGGCAGUUUUGUCGGUUCAUGACACAGUUGCGCAGAAGAACUUUGACCCUGUGCUUCCUCCGCUGCCUGAUGACUUUGAAGAUGAGCUUGAUGAGGAUUCUGUCAAGAUUGUGCGCUUGGUCAAAAACAAAGAACCACUGGGAGCCACAAUUCGUCGGGAUGAUUCCACAGGGUCUGUGAUUAUAGCUCGUAUUAUGAAAGGAGGGGCCGCAGACAGAAGUGGUCUGGUGCAUGUAGGUGAUGAACUGAGAGAGGUCAAUGGUGUUUCUGUAAUGAACAAGAGGCCAGAUGAGAUCAGUCAACUGCUGUCUCAGUCUCAAGGAUCUAUCACAUUGAAGAUCAUCCCAGCCAUCAAAGAGGAAGACAUGCUGAGAGAGAGCAAGGUGUAUAUGAGGGCGCUUUUUGAUUACAUUCCAUUGGAGGACAAGGCCACGCCCUGUCAGGAGGCGGGGCUUCCGUUUAAACGAGGUGACAUCCUGCAGGUGGUCAGUCAGUGUGAUCAGACGUGGUGGCAGGCCAAGAGAGUGGGAGACAGUAAUCUGCGUGCAGGACUCGUCCCAUCCAAACUCUUUCAGGAGAGGCGAUUAGCCUACAGAAAUAAAAUGGGCACUCUUCCAAAUUCCAAAUCUCCAAAAAAGGCUGUCUAUGAUCAGGGCUGUGAUAAAGAGGACUGUGACUGUGAAGGCUAUUUCAAUGGACAGUAUAUAGCUGGUUUGCGGAGAAGUUUUCGUCUGAGUCGGAAGGACCGUCGUGGUUCUGCAGGAGAUGCCAAUGUUUCUGAACAGAAAGAAUCUGAGUUUCUGACCUAUGAAGAAGUGACACGCUACCAGCAGAGGCCCAAUGAGAGGCCCAGAUUAGUAGUUCUCAUUGGUUCUCUUGGAGCAAGAAUCAACGAGCUGAAGCAGAAAGUAAUAGCAGAAAAUCAUCACCUGUAUGCUGUGGCUGUGCCUCACACCACACGGCCCAGAAAGAGUCAUGAAAAGGAGGGCGUAGAGUAUCACUUUGUGACCAAGCAGGGCUUUGAGGCUGAUGCCCAGAACAACAAAUUUAUAGAGUACGGGGAGUAUAAAGAGAAUCUGUAUGGGACCAGUAUAGAAGCCAUCCGCUCUGUUCAGGCGAAGAACAAGAUGUGUCUGGUGGAUGUACAGCCCGAGGCACUGAAGACCCUGCGGACAGCAGAGUUUAAGCCUUAUGUCAUUUUUGUAAAACCACGAAUUCCGGAGUCUCGUAGACGUCGCAGUGCUGGCACAUCACCAGGAGGGGGCGAACAAGGGCGAAUCACAGAGGAGGACAUGCAGGAAAUGCGUCUGUCGGCACAGCAGAUAGAUCAGCAGUACGGACAUCUUGUAGAUCGGGUCUUGAUUAAAGAAGACACUGCCAGUGCCUGCGCAGAACUACGUAGCAUCUUGGAAAGACUGGAACGGGAGACCUUCUGGGUUCCUGUGAGCUGGGUUAAGGCUUAAGACCCCAUACUCGGUUCCAGACUGUUGACCCCCACUGGUGCUGGGCUUAGUUUUCUUCCAUCGUGUCUAGCUUGACUGCACUGACCUUCAGGGUGUGGAUUUUUUGAGCAUGGGUUUGGGUUUGAGGAGGUAAAUUUGUAUAAAAUAACGAGACAAAGAGUAAAUAUCUUAAAACAGAUUUUGUUUUGGGGCUGGGACAAGAAGGCAGAUAUGCACUUGUCAUGAAUGUUUCAGUGAUUUUUUAAUGACAUUGGGUAUUUAUUAUAUUGUAUUAUGUCGACGUUUGUGGCUCACUAGGUUAAUUUUAAAUAGACUGUUCAUGAAAGCCAUACAUCCAACUAUAACAAAACAACAUUGGUAUUAAAUGCCUAUGGAUUAUGGUUAUCACGGUAACAUUGAUGUUUUUCCCGAUCUCCUAAUCUGGAAAGGUGAAAAUGGGACUUUACAGGAUGGACCAUACACUUGCAUAUCAAGCUGUAAUGCACGCUCAUAAAGAGACUUCCUAAGUGACUAUGACACUGUUUGAAAUCACUUCAGAAGUUGUUUUCAUUUUAUAAAGCUGUAGCAGCUUCUGAUGUCUGCUUUGAUCAUAACAUCCUGGUUCUCUCUCUGCAGAGCAUGACUGAUCAAUGUUUAAUCCUACUUAAGAAAAUGGUUAAUUUCUGCUGUGACAACAAACCGUCUCAAUGCACCUACUGUAGUUUUUCUUGACAGCGGAUCUCCUUGAACUGUGGAGGGUUUGGAAAGAUCACGCCAAAGCACUUAAGCUGUACAAUAUCUAUGUUAAUAUGUUUAAACCUAGCUUUACGAAGCUUAUGUGUUGAUGAAAAGAGACAGUGUUUAGGUGAGAUUAAAACCCAUGCCACUUAUUUUAAAACAAGACAAAAAAAUGAAACGGUUUAAAAUUAAAAUGGGGUAAAGCUCUGACAGUCUAAUAUGUACAUAUUGCAUCAAGAGCUUGUGUUUAUCUUUUUCCACUUACUGUAACAUUUACCAUUUUUUUCUUACUCAACAUAUCAUACAAAUCCUCUCGAUCCUACCUCACCCUGGUUUUGACUGAGAUGUGUUGCCUAUGUUGUAAACUGCCAGUCUUCUAUGUCAAAUUAUAUUAAGUGAAUGUUAUAUUCUGGUUGCAAGUAAAAAACUAAAUC